GACCGACCGUGGUCAAGGAGGCGGGACAUUCCGCACACUGGGCACUAAAAAGGCGAAGUAAGGAAAGCAAGCAGCCACACUGAAAACCUGUAGACGUUUAUCUACCCACUAACAGACUGAGGAGCCUUUUAACACGUACAGACUUAUUCUCAAGUACACGCAGCUCAACAACCCGCUGGUCAUCAUGGCUCUGGAUGGAUGUGGCCUCGUCUGCAAAUUUAUCCUCAUCAUCUUCAACAUCGUCUUUGCGGUGUUGGGGUUUGCCUUUUUGGGUCUCGGCCUGUGGCUGAGGUUCAGCGGUAGCACCAGAGGCAUCUUCGAAGUAGGAGACCUCAACUCAGGUGGAUUUGUUCUAGUUGUGACUGUACUGAUAGUUCUCGGCGUAGUGAUGCUGAUUGUGGUGGCGUUUGGAGACUACGGUGCCUGCAAUGAGAAAAGAUGUUCUCUGCAAGUGUUCUCCGUCCUUCUGACCAUUCUGGCGGUGGUGUUAGUUGCUGUUGGAGUGCUUGCAUAUUCCAGAAGGGAUGUGGUUGGAUCAAAUUUCGCGGAGUUCUACGUCAGCAUGUAUGGCCUGUAUUUGACUAACGGUGGAGACCCGGUCAUUGGUGUCAGUCUCACAUUCAUCCACAAGACGCUUCACUGCUGUGGAUUAACAGGGAUCUCGUUGGUAGAGUUGGCUAAAAAAACCUGCCCGGAACCAGAUGGAAUUUUUGAGCACUUCAAGAUGGAUAGUUGUCCCGGGAUCAUCCUAAGUGUCUUUGACAGUAAAGCACCACUGGUGAUGGGCGUCUUCGUUGGAACUGGAGCUCUUUUGAUCAUAGCUGUGAUUUGCAGCACAACCCUCAGUAGAAAGAUCCGUCAGUCCGCCUCAUCCGCUCAGUACAUCAUCCUGACUCACGCCACAUCUGUUCUGGCUAACCCUCAACAAGCUCAGCAUGAAUUGGCCUCCACCUCCUACUCCCACCCUUACCAGGAUCCGGUUAUCUUCACCCCUCUCUCUGUGAACAACAUCCCUGUGGCUCAGGCUUAGUGCGCUCUUAUCAUUGCCCUGGUCUGCACCAUUAUCCUCCUGCAACAGACCAAGAGAAACCAGCAGGAGGUCACUGCGUACUAUUCCAAUGUGUACUAACAAGAGGAUUCAACCGUUAACCUCCUCUGCCUCAUCGACGACAAAGACCAUCGCUGGAAUUCAGGCUCAACCAGCAAAUAAAUGUUUUACAGAUUUGUCUAUAUGUGAACUACUGAUCACACUAGUUUUACAAACUGAACUAGAAUUUUAUUUUAUAUCCUAAAACAUCACACUGUACUAAUAAUUCAACCCAUUGUGAGCAGCAUUCAUAUUUUUUUGUGACAUUUUUUUUUCUUAAAUAGUCUUGCAGUAACUCUUGGUGAAAUGGAUGUUGCUUUAUAAUUAGCUAUUAUUCAUCUAGCUAGAAACUGUCACAGCUAGACAGCAAGUGCGUUCUGGCCUGACGGGCCUCUACAUCAUUGUGGGCAUACGAUAAGUAAUCUGACACAUCCGGUUAUUAACAAACUCUGUUAGGAAGAGAAUGGGAGACUUUUUGUUUAAAUUUAACUUCCAUGUGUCUGUUACACAUUUCAACAGUUACGUUAAUAAGCAGUGUUUUGUACCAUAAUGACAUUGCUGCUGAAGUGUUGUGCUUUUGUCUGUUGCCACAUGUGGAAGAGUUGAAUACUCACUGAGCCAGAGGCAAAUAUCACGGUUUUGAAUUAAUAUAAAUGCAAAAGGUAUCUUUAAAAAUCUUUAAAUCAUUGAAGCCAUUUCAAGUGUUCAUUUAAGGUUAGGUCACAUGAUCGUGUUGACGCCUUGAAAUGAGAGCUUUACUUUACCGUCACUUUCUCCUUAUUGUUACUUCAUUUUUAUGCUAGAGGUGCAUUGUUACGCCAGUCAUUUUUCCUUUGCUAUAGUUUUGCAAAAGUUGCAUUCCACUUUAUUUCUUCUGUUCAUGUUUGUGCACCCAGAGGGCCACGGGUCAGAAAGUAAAGUCAAGGACCUUCUCGAGUGUGACAGAAAUAUUCUGUAGUCAUCAGGUACUGUUUGAGGCUGUUAAACCGACUGUAUAAACAUUUAAAGUGGCUGUUUAGAGCUGUGAAGUGCUGCCUUCCUGUAAACGCUGGUCUGAUACAGACAAGCACGCUAACAUUAAAGGAUAACUUUGGUAUUUUUCAACCUGGACCCUAUUUUCCCAUGUUUUUGUGUUAUGGAAAGGACCCUACAGAGAUAUAAAUCGUUUUUCUUACCUUUCGCUUGAAAGAAGUCUCGGAGAAGCCUUGCUCUGAAAUCUCACGUUGCAUCCACGUUGUCAAUCAUCUAAAUAUUCAGCUAGGACAUUGAAAACCUUUUAGAUAAGCUACGCUUUCUAUAGUCCAACACAACAAACUCUGACAACAACUGUGUCCCUCCUACUCUCUCACUUACGUUUCCACCAUUGUCUUCACAUGACACAAUGACAAACGGAAAGCAAUAGGUAAAAAAACAAAAACAUUUAAUUUCUCUAUAUGGUCCUUUCCAUAUUGUUAUCAGACAUUUAAAAUAACAAUCUGAGCCUGUCGGUGGCAAAAACAAGCACUUUUAGUGGACGUAAAUGACGGUGCCAGAUUGCCCCAAUAGGAUUACAUUACAGCUUGUAUAGCAGCUCCCAGUUCCUUCAAUAAUGGACCAAUUUAAAAAAAGUGUUGUCUCCGUUAGUCACUUAGACACAAUUACAUAAAGAAAUAGGGUCCAGUUUGAAAAAUACCAAAGUUCCCCUUUGACAUUAUAGUUAAUCUUUUUCAUUCCCUCAUGUGAAAAGCUUCAUGCCAAUAUCUUCUGUGACCAAAUAGAAGUGUAUUAAGUGUCCUUUAUAGAAAGGAGACAGCAGAAUUGCUUAUGUUUUCUUUCUCUGUACUACAAACUAUUGCAUUGCACUAUAUUGUUUUUACGUUCACAAGUUUUUAAAUAAAUGUUCCAUAGAGGGAUUUUCCCCUGCUCUUCACUAA